AGGAAACAGGUGUGUUUGACCCAUCCCAAAAUCAUGUACUCUGUGUAUGGAAUACUGCGCAGAAAAUCAAUAAUUGGCGAACGGAUUGCGAAAACAAUAGGGAAUUUCGAAAAUAAGUUGUAUCCAGGUAAAUAAAAUUAUUUUCACCGUAAGUCCAACUGACGGUGACAUCGAACUAUGGAGUACCGAUCUAUGCAAGAAUCAAUAUCAAGGAGGGAAAUAACCGAAAAUGACGCUAUGAUGGAAUCUAAGAAUUCGAUGAUUCACGUGGUCUCAAUGAUAGAAUACUUGAACACAAAGAUGAAAUUGGAGCAGUAUACAGAAGUAAUGGACAUCCUAAAAAGUAUCCGAAACAUGAAAGAUCCAGAACUGGUAAAACUUUGGGACGAGGCAAUAGUUCAAAUACAUUUGCGCCGAAACAACCUCCCCAUGUCACCGAUAAACAAGUUUCGAGUUCGUCAAAGGCACCCACCACCGCCGGGAAUCUGCGAAGACGGACGGGGACGCCAGGCGCGCAUGCUCCGGAGUUCCCGGCGCGUGCUCGCGGCCUGGUACCAAAGACACGCCCUCAAUCCGUAUCCUUCGGGGACGGAGAAGCGGAAACUGGCGCUUGAGGCGGGACUUACUUUAAAACAGGUUUCCAUGUGGUUCACCAACAAGCGCAGACGAAGGCGGAUGCAGGAUUUCCGCGAAGACGAAAUUGGGAGUGCAAGUUGUUCAGUAGGUCAAGGUCACUCAUGUGCGGAAAGUAGUUGCCACGUGGUUACAAGUACAGAACUCGACGAAAACAACAAUUGUGCUAGAUAUGGUACAAGUAAUAUUUCAUCAAUGGUUGGCAAUUGCUCUGAAUGGGUAACACGCGGUGAAAAUACUGGUUCGUGUAUAAAGUCCUAUUUAAAAUCGUUCCUGGAAAAGCGCAUGCAAAUAGACGAACAGCAGACGUGCAGUACAACACAGUAUUGUCCGUUGGAUCAGGAGGAACAGGGAAAUAAAUUUAGAGAGGAAUUCAAUCCUUGUACAGAAAUUUCGAGUUCAACCUCCAACAUUCAGUUUUCAAUAUUUGAUGAACGAAUUACGGCUGUCGCAAAAAGGCUGUCCUCAUAUUGCGAUGAAACUAUAAACCUUUCUCUAAAAGAAAGUAGGUCGAUCUCCAUGACAACGCACGAUCAAGAAUUUGUCAUGGGGACUGGCAGUGAUGAACAAUAUCAUUGGUCUAAUGCUGCUAACAACAGCGCAUUGUACGACACUGCACUUAGUACCCGUUUCUAUGGCGAUUGUUACCAUGGCAGCAACAAUAACAAUGGAGAUCAUGAAGAUGUAGAAAUAGCGCAAUUUUCACAAAGUGCUCAGGCAAGGGAAGACUUGCAUGGUAACAAUUACAUCCAUUUAACCAUGAGCCAAGAAGUAAAUCAUGGUAACAUGGAUUAAAGCUUCAUCAAAGACAAAGAUGCUUCUAUAGAAGAAGUUUUGCCACCUAAUGCCUCAAUAAGUUUCGAUUAAAGAUGCAUCUAUAUGAGAAGUUUAAAUGCCUGGUGCCUCCAUUGAGGUUUUCAUUUCAGAUGUCUCAAGCCAAGUUUGGAUUCCUAAAACCUGUAAAAAAGCUUCGAAUCCUGGACUGAUAACACCUUAUUCUCUGUCUGUUAUUUAAAAUUGGACCAGUCCUUCCAAGAAAAGAUGGUCUUGAAUUUUUUACCUUUGAUUGUGAAAUGGAAAGGAGGUCAUUAUAAUUGCACUGAAAAAAAGACCGUCGUGUAGCUGGUAACAAACAAAACUUAUGAUAAAUAACUUCUCUGUCGUACCAUGAUUUGAUGUAUUAUUCACGUUAAUUCAUGUAAGACGUUAUAAUGUUACAUAAAUUAUCAAAUAGAAAAAAUGUUUCAACAUGUCAAACUGAAAGUAAUUAACCUAA